CACAACACAAUGUCUACAAUAAAUCAAACAUUUGUACCUGCACCUACUACUGCUGCAACAGCUGCACCAUCAACCAAUCAACAACAAUCAAACGCUCAACAACAACCAAAUGCUCAACAACAACCAAAUGCUCAGCAACCAAAUGCUCAACAACAGCAACAGCAACAACAACAACAGCAACAACAACAACAAGUACAACAACAACAGAGACAACCGAUACAGAUAGCACCACCACAGAAGAAGUCACAUGCACUACCAACUAUACAACAGAAGCAAUUACUCGAACAGUUUGAUGAGAUUGUCAAUCAGAUAGGCGCACUCAGAGUCAAUGUCGAUCAUAUAUUCUCAACGAUCAUUGAAGAUGCCAAGACAGCGGUCAACACAUCGACACCAGUGCUAGUGCCAAUCAUCAGUAAAGAAGCGCGUACCGCUGCACUGACCCAAUCACUGUUGGCAAUCAAACAAUCACUCAAGAAGAUUGAACAACAGCAACAGAUACUGUCGCCCUACUCUGUGCAGACCUCCAACUUCCAGCAUCUCGAACAGAUGUGGACACAGAACACUGGCAUCUACGAUCAUUCAAACAUCAAGUUGCAGACCCAGAUCAAGCUGGAGUACUUCUGGCGUCACGAGACGUCAAAGAAGUCUUCAAUCGCUCUUAAUAUACUCGAGGGUAAACUCAAUGAACGAUACCCUAGCUUGUUAAAGGAAGCAACAGACACAGGAAACAUACGCAAGAGGAAGCAGAUCAUGUUGGAUAGCAACAACAACAAUAGCAAUAACAACAUCAGCAAUGGUAGUGCCAAGCCUGCUGCCACAGUGACAUCUCCAAGGACAGUGUUCCAAUGCUUGUUAACGUUUGCCGUGUCGGAAGAGUCACCGGAAUGCUAUACAGUCGAUAGGAUACUGUUCUUUGGAGCCAAGGAACCAUUCGAUUCCUUCUGGGAGACUUCCAAACAUAGUAUAUUCAAGAAGCUAUCUGAGAACUCCAAUGAAGCUAUCAGCUACUUCACUUCCAAUCCAACCAAUACUCCAAUCCUUAAGAAUAUCCUGUAUUGGAUAUGGUCAUUCAGAGGUCUAUUCUUUGAGGAAUGCAAGGGCUGCCAGAGUAUACUCCAAUUGGACUCGUCGGCAUUCAUGUACCUGCCGCCAUCUUAUCGAACCUUUGACACAUUCACUCCUUACCAUCCAAUAUGUUACCAAACGCAUCAACAACAAAGGUCUGCG